AUGCCGACCAAGCCCGCCCCUAUCAAGAAGAAACCUGGAGCCAAGAAGGUGGAAAAGCCUGCGCCUGCACCUGAACCGGAGCCAGUGCCGGCUCCGGCCCUGGAGCCCGCUCCAGUUGUGGAGGCCCCCCCGGCCGAACCUGCCGCCCUGGCCGAACCUGCCGCCCCGGCCGAGCCUGCCGCCCCGGCCGAGCCUGCCGCCCCGGCCGAGCCCGCCGCCCCGGCUGAGCCUGCUGCACCGGCUGAGCCUGCCGCCCCUGCAGAGGCGCCUCCCGCAGAAGCAGAGGCUGUUGCACCUGUUGUGGAGGGCGAGGCCCCUGCUGCCCCUCCAGCUGAAGGGGGCGAAGCUCCACCAGCAGAUGAACCUAAAGCACCAACUCCACCGCCACCUCCACCCAAAGAGCCCACCAGCGCCCCUCUGGAUCUGUUCAUUGAGGACAAGAACGACACUUCGGUAACGAUCAUCUGGAGCCAACCGGAGGUUGUGGGGCCUUCCGGCCUGGACGGGUACACCAUCGAGGUGUGCAAGGAUGGAACUGAAGACUGGAAGGCGGUCAACGAGGACCCGCAGAAGUCCUGCCGUUACAUUAUCAAGAACCUGACCACUGGGGACAGGCUGAAAAUCCGCGUUGUGGCUGUAAACGCCGGUGGACGAAGUCUGCCAGUCGCCCUCCCUGAGGCCGUCCUGGUCAAGGAGGUUGCUGACCGCCCCAAGGUGCGCCUGCCUCGUUUCCUCAGGCAGCGAUACGUCGCCCAAGUUGGAGACAAGAUCAACCUGACCAUCCCCUUCACAGGUAAACCCAAACCUGUGGUGAGCUGGACCAAAAAUGGGCAGCCGCUGGAGAAAGGUCGCGUGAACAUCCGCAGCACGGAGAGGGACAGCAUCCUCUUCAUACGAGCGGCUGAAAGGGACGACUCUGGCGUGUAUGAAAUGACCGUCAAGGUGGACGACUUUGAAGACAAGGCCUCGCUCACCUUGCAGAUUGUCGAGCUUCCUGGGCCUCCGGCCAGCGUCAAGAUUGUGGACACGUGGGGCUUCAACGUGGCUUUAGAGUGGACCGCACCCAAAGACAACGGCAACACGGAAAUUACAGGCUACACCAUCCAGAAGGCCGACAAGAAGACCGGAGACUGGUUCACCGUGAUGGAGCACUACCACCGACUCAACGCCACCGUCUCGGACCUCAUCAUGGGAAAUACCUACAAGUUCCGGGUGUUCUCAGAGAACAAGUGCGGAAUCAGUGAAGAGGCGGCUGUCACUAAAGAUGAGGCGAAGAUUAUCAAACUGGGCAUCGAGUACAAAGCCCCUGAGUACCAAGAACACGACUUCACUGAGGCGCCCAAAUUCACUACCUCCUUGGCCAACCGUGCUACCACGGUGGGCUACAGUACUAAGCUUCUGUGCUCCGUCAGGGGAUACCCCAAGCCCAAGAUCGAGUGGCUGAAAAACCAGAUGGUCAUUGGCGACGACCCCAAAUUCCGUCAGAUCUGCGUUCAGGGCAUCUGCUCCUUGGAGAUCCGCAAGCCGGUGAGCUUCGACGGAGGCGUUUACACCUGCCGAGCCAAGAACAACCACGGCGAGGUCACGGUCAGCUGCAAGCUGGAAGUCCGACAGCCGGUAGUUGCAGAGGCAGAAAAGAAAUAG